CCGCGUGCGCCGUCGCACCGCACGUACGAGUAGCGCGAGGUCAGCCAUGGCCGCGCGGAACCGGUUCGGCGUCGAGAGCGGCUCGCGGGCCUUGUCCGGGCGCCCGGGCGGCGGGCGCGCGUCGCGCGCGCCGAAGCGGGCCGGCGUCUCCGAGGAGGAGAUGGAGGAGAUCCGCGAGGCCUUCAACCUCUUCGACACGGAGGGCAAGGGCGUCAUCGACAUCAAGGAGCUCAAGGCCGCCUUCCGCGCCCUCGGGUUCCAGGUGAAGAAGGCCGAGAUCCGGCGGAUGAUGCAGGACGUCGACAAGGAGUCGUCGCCGACGGUGCUCUUCGACGAGUUCGUCGAGAUGGCCACGCCCAAGAUGCAGAGCCGCGACACGCGCGAGGAGAUCAUGAAGGUCUUCGCCCUCUUCGACGACGACCAGACCGGCGCCAUCUCCUUCCGAAACUUGAAGCGCGUCGCGAACGAGCUCGGCGAGAACCUCACGGACGAGGAGCUCCAGGAGAUGAUCGACGAGGCCGACCGCGACGGCGACGGCAUGAUCAACGAGGACGAGUUCUUCCGCGUCAUGAAGAAGCGCGGCGACAACCCCCUCGACGACCUCUCCUCCGACGACGACGACUUCUAGCGCGCGCGCCGGGCCGCGGCGCGCGCGCGCGCCGAGCGCCGGCGGGCGGUCCGCCGUCCGCGCGCCGUAACGACGCGCCACCCUC